GCGGUCAGCCUCAGACUUCAAUGGCCUGCAGUGCCGACAGAACACGCACGCGACGCUCGCCCGGCGGACUCCAGAUCUUCCACGUGCCAUUUCACGAACACUUUCGCUCCGAUCUAUUAGAUUUAUAGUGCAGUGCCCUUGUGUGCUACAGUGAUUGUACAGCUACUUUGCUCUAAUUUAUUGUUAGAAUCGUGAUCUUAAGUUACCAGUGUGUGUGUGUGUUAGUGUGUGUUUGUGUGCGACUUUGAACCGCGAGUGCUCAUUGAAAGUGCAGUCGUCUAGUUUUACUACUUCGCCUUGUUGAGAGUCAGUGCGACCGACCCGCCAACAUGCCCACCCGUCUAGUCGAAUCUAAGAGGAUCGCCUCCGGCCUCGAUGAGUGCCCCAGCAUCCUCGCCAAGCACACCAAGAAGUGCUUGGUGGACCCCAGCUUCAGCAUCCGCUUCCAGGCCUUCCAGGCCCGCAGCGUGAGCGUGAGCCAUGGCAGCCUGGACCAGCUCACCGCCAACGUGCGCUCCUGGGUCGAGAAGAACGUGGACCUGUGCCAGCCGGACAGCGUGCACAUCUGCGACGGCUCCGAGGCCGAGAACAAGAAGCUGCUGGCCCUGAUGCAGCGCCAAGGCACCAUCCAGCCCCUGCCCAAAUACGACAACUGCUGGCUGGCCCGCACCGACCCGGCCGACGUGGCCCGUGUGGAGAGCAAGACCUUCAUCUGCACGGCGCGCAAGUCGGACACCAUCCCCGAGCCCGCCCCGGGGGUGACCGGCAGCCUGGGCAACUGGAUAUCCCCCGGCAACAUGGAAAAGGCCGUGGCCGAGCGCUUCCCCGGCUGCAUGAAGGGCCGCACCAUGUACGUGGUGCCCUUCAGCAUGGGCCCCGUGGGCUCCCCGCUGGCCAAGGUGGGCGUGGAGAUCACCGACUCGCCGUACGUCGUCAGCUCCAUGAGGGUCAUGACGCGCAUGGGCGCCGCGGUGCUGGCGCUGCUGCAGGGCGCCGCGUCCAGCGAGUUCGUCAAGUGCCUGCACUCCGUGGGCAGGCCGGCGAGCGGCGCGGUCCGCCACGCGCACUGGCCCUGCGACCCCGAGCGCACCAUCAUCCUGCACAAGCCGGCCGAGAACGAGAUCGUGUCGUACGGCAGCGGCUACGGCGGCAACUCGCUGCUGGGAAAGAAGUGCCUGGCGCUGCGCAUCGGGUCCACCAUCGCGCGCAGGGAGGGCUGGCUGGCCGAGCACAUGCUCAUCCUGGGCGUGACCAACCCCGAGGGCAAGAAGCGCUACAUCGCGGCGGCCUUCCCCAGCGCGUGCGGCAAGACCAACCUGGCCAUGAUGCAGCCCAGCCUGCCCGGCUACAAGGUGGAGUGCGUGGGUGACGACAUCGCCUGGAUGCGCUUCGACUCGUCGGGCCGCCUGCGCGCCAUCAACCCCGAGAACGGCUUCUUCGGCGUGGCCCCCGGCACGUCCAGGAAGACCAACCCCAACGCCAUGGACACCAUCUUCAAGGACACCAUCUUCACCAACGUGGCGACCACCAGCGACGGCGGCGUCUUCUGGGAGGGCCUGGAGGACGAGACCCCCGCCGACGUCACCAUCACGGACUGGAGGGGCAACCCCUGGAGCAAGGCGAGCGGCGUGCCCGCCGCGCACCCCAACUCCCGGUUCUGCUCCCCCGCCACCCAGUGCCCCAUCAUCGACCCCGCCUGGGAGGCCAGCGAGGGCGUCCCCAUCGACGCCAUCCUGUUCGGCGGCCGCCGCCCCGCCGGCGUGCCCCUGGUGUACGAGGCCCUCAGCUGGCAGCACGGCGUCUUCGUCGGCGCCUCCAUGCGCUCCGAGGCCACGGCCGCGGCCGAGCACAAGGGCAAGGUCCUCAUGAACGACCCAUUUGCGAUGAGGCCCUUCUUCGGCUACAACUUCGGCCACUACCUGGCGCACUGGCUCAGCAUGGACCAGACCGGCCGCAAGCUGCCCAAGGUCUUCCACGUCAACUGGUUCCGCAAGGGCAACGAUGGCAAGUUCCUGUGGCCCGGGUUCGGCGACAACUCCCGCGUGCUGGACUGGAUCAUCCGGCGCGUGGAGGGCGAGAGCGUGGCCAAGCACACCCCCGUGGGCUACGUGCCCACCGCCGGCUCGCUGCGCCUCGACGGCCUCAAGGAGGAGGUGGACAUGCAGGCCCUCUUCAGCCUCCCCAAGGACUUCUGGCUGCAAGAGGUUGACGACAUUGCCAGAUACUUCAACGAUCAAGUAGGCGCUGACCUGCCUGCUGGUAUCACUGCAGAGUUGAAGGCUCUCAGAGAGCGUGUAUCAAAAAUGUAAAUUUAACAUUCCGUCCAAGUUCUUUUGCAAAGGAGUUGAUUGAAUGGUAUGUCUUAUGGCUUCUAGUUUAGGAAGCCAAUGUUUUUUAGGUUUUAUUCUGACUUGUAUUUAUCUUAGUAUUUUAAACAUUGUUUCAUAACAAUAUUUUGACGUGGAUGCCUCCUGUAAUGAGUGGUAGUUUCUUUCCGUAAUUCUCUUUCUGUAUGUAUCAUGUUUGAGAGAGAUUUUUCGGAACUAUCUUUCCAUUUUUUUUUUUUAAGUGAACCAUAUUUUGUAGUUUUUAGUGGGAGACGAAUUCCUCGCAGGAAGUCCAACCUAGCUGUGAUCCCGAUGUUGUUCUUGCCAUCUUUUGGAAUGAAGCAUGACUGUGUACAUUUAAGUAAAUUUAUUAUUAUUAUUUGAAUGUAAUUAUUGUGUCUGCUGUAAAAACUGUUCUCAGUCUCUUUAGCAUGAUUUUUGAAGACGUUGACCAGAA